AUGGCUAUCCCCAAGCGUCAAUCUUUGAUCCUUGCCACUGCGCGAGAGGCUCUCAAGCAUGCUGAGAGACUGGUGAGCUAUCUCGAGGAGAAAGACCUCCAGGAGCCCGACUUCUCCGCCAGCUCUGCUCCGCACCCAGAGAACAGCGACUACGAUGCCAUUCGAAACGACCUAAACCAGGCCGCCAACGAUCUCAGCCUGCUGGCCACGGGUCCCCUACAAUGGAUCCGAACCUUUUGCUGUUGCCACCACGACCUUGCCGCCUGGCAAGUUGCUCUGCGCUUUAAAUACUUCACCAUUGUGCCACUGGAUCGCCCCAUCUCCGUCAAGGAAAUGGCCAGUAAGGCCCAGAUGGACGAAGACCGCCUGCGCCGUGUCAUGAAGUUUCUCACUACACAGCGCUGCUUCCAGGAGAUUGACGACGAUCGCUUCGAACACACAGCUCUGUCUGCUUUUAUUGCCAGUAACAAGGACAUUGAGCAGUGUUUUGCCUUUGAGGCGGACGAAAUGUUUGAGGCGGCUUCAUUGACUGCCACAUCUAUCCAAAAGACUCCCUAUUUGUCCGAGGCCAAGGACAGCGCGUUUAACCUGCGCUUCGGAACCUCCCCGUAUACUUGGUAUGCCGAAAACCCUGAGCGUGGCGCGCGAUUCGCCUCAGCGAUGGCUGGUUAUGUCCAGAUGAACCGUGACACCGAGGAGUUGACGGAACGGUUCCCUUGGGCCAGUCUAGGCGGCAAGAAGGUCGUUGAUGUCGGCGGUGGAAGCGGACAUGUGUCUAUCCACCUGGCCACUAAAUUCCCCAGCCUCAGCUUCCUCGUUCAAGACGUGAACAGCGUCAUGCUAGAGGAGGGCCCCAGACGGCCCGACUACGCCCCGGUCCGGGACCGCGUCUCAUUUAUGCAGUACAGCUUCUAUGAGCCGCAGCCCAUCACAGACGCGGGGCUUUUUUUCCUGCGCCAGGUCAUUCACAAUUGUCCUGACGAGGUCUGCGUCAAGAUCUUUAAGUCUUUUGUGCCCGCCAUGGAGAAGUCUGCCCUCGGCACUAACCUGCUGAUCAACGACAUGCUGCUCCCGCCGCCUAACCAGGAGCUCAAGGUGGAAGAGUACCACUUGAGACAGAUUGACAUUCAUAUGCUCAAUGGCUACGCUGCCAAGCAGCGAACUCUUGUAGAGUUUGAGACUCUGCUCCAGGCCGCAGACCCCCGCUUCGAAGUGAGUGCUGCUUUACGCGAGUCUAAGGACUAUGCUAACGCACAACAGGUUGUUCACGUUCAUGGAAAGGGAAUUAUGGGCCUGAUAGAAGUCAAACUGCUUCGAUACUGA